AACAACUGCGUCAAUGCAUGCUCGACAGAAUACAUGGAUGGACUGCAAACAGCAAUAGGGAAUGCGUAACACAAUCCACAUGUUUUCGGGAUUAAUGCAUGCGCAAGUGUGAUGUGUCAUAUUAAAUUUCACAAACCAGCCUGCGCUUAGGGUCCUCCAACCAGUGACAGUAGGAACCACAGUGGGUCACUACGUGAUAGGACACCAUAAUAUUAUUAUUUUUAAUGAUGGCGGUAUUCAAGAAAUUGCAUCGCUGUAUACCGAAGUCUUCAUCUUUUUUCAGGGCACCUGGAUUAACAGCUGUGCGGUGCCGGGAGAGAAGAUCGGAGCGCAGCGCGGCUACUUCCGCUUCACCUCCGCGGGACGCCUUCACGGGCCACGCGAUGCUGAGACAUCUGACGUCCAAGAUCAAGGCGACGGGUCCGAUCUCGGUGGCUGAGUACAUGAGGGAGGUGCUCACCAACCCCGUGUCGGGGUAUUACGUGCGCCAUGACAUGUUGGGGACGGAUGGAGAUUUCAUAACAUCGCCCGAGAUCAGUCAGAUCUUCGGAGAGUUGCUCGGCAUCUGGUGUGUGAGCGAGUGGAUGGCAGCCGGAAAGCCCAGGCGGUUCCAGCUGGUGGAGUUGGGUCCCGGACGGGGUUCCCUCAUCAGUGACGUCCUCAGGGUGUUCAGCCAGCUGAGGACAGUGUUGAGCGGCACAUCGGUGUCUGUGCACCUGGUGGAGAUCAGCCCCAAGCUCAGCAAGGUCCAGGCCCACAACCUGACAGGGGAGCAGAACCAAGUCUCCAGUGACAAGAAUGCGACCGUGUACCGCCGUGGGACCACGAUGUCAGGGCUGCCCGUUUGCUGGUACCACAGGGUGGAGGACAUCCCUGAGGGCUUCAGCAUCUUCCUGGCUCAUGAGUUCUUUGAUGCACUGCCCAUCCACAAGUUCCAGCGGACGGAACGGGGCUGGCGAGAGGUGAUGGUGGACAUCGACCCGGAGGAGCAGGACAAGCUGUGCUUUGUUCUCGUUCCGGCUCCUACUCUGGCCUCCUCCGUGCUGCUGCAGGCAGAUGAAAAGAGAGAGCAUGUCGAGGUUUGUCCAGAAGGGGGCGUCACGGUUCAGAGGCUGUCAAAUCGGAUUGCGGAACACGGGGGCGCGGCUCUGAUUGCCGACUAUGGACACGAUGGGGUGAAAACGGACACCUUCAGAGGCUUCCGAGGUCACAAGCUCCAUGAUGUCCUCAGUGCCCCAGGGACUGCCGACUUGACAGCCGAUGUGGAUUUCAGUUACCUGAGAAGGAUGGCGGGGGACGAGGUGGUCUGCUUUGGCCCCAUCACACAGCGACAGUUUCUGCGGAACAUGGGCAUCGACGUGCGCUUGCAGGUUCUGCUGCAAAACUGCCCAGAUGACUCCACCCGUGCCCAGCUAAUCCAGGGCUUCGACAUGCUUACAAAUCCCAAACAGAUGGGGGAACGUUUCAAAUUUUUCGCCAUGCUGGCUCACGGCCGCCUACUUCGACCUGCAGCAGGACAGGGCACGGCCAAGAAAGCCCCGGCACCGCUGCCUGUGGCUGGAUUCACUGAACUUGGACCCCUGGGGGAAAGGAGCUGAUAAGAUGCAUACAGUCAGGCUUGAGCAGCCCGCCGGUGUGGAAUCAGUGACUAAGGCCCUGGUUGAGUCCGUUUCUGUACCCUUCGCCACAUGUAGGGAGGGACAAAGCGCUUAGCUGGCUCAGUGUGCUGUAGUUUGGUGCUAAUUUACAGACCGCGCCACACAGAACAGAAUAAGCAGGCACGGACAUCUCAGACUGCCUCAGUCAGAACCCAUUUGUGGUUUCUGGAUUUCAGAAGGACAUGCAGCAGGCUUCAGCUCCAGACAUUCUCUCCGAAAGAACCACGGGCCAUUAAAAGAUUGAGUUACAAUGUGGUUGGUGGUAAUCAUGAAACUGGCCAGGUAUCCGGUGACUGCAUUUUAAGAGUGAUGGGGGAAAAAGAACUCAGAAACCACAUUUUGUUAUUCAUAGUCUCCUUUGGACAGCUCACAACAUGACUUCUCCACAGUUUGUCUGUAGUAUUUUAAACCCAUUGUAAAUGAGCUAUACUAGUGGGAAUAAACGUAUUCACAAAUAUACUAAGGAAUUAAUUUAGGACUUGCACUCGUUUGGAGGAUCCAGUUUUAUACUGAAUUUCUCAAUAGAAUUCUUUCUUAUGAAUUCUCAAUGCUUAAGUGCCACAUUUCACACGAUAUUCUGCUUUUUUCUCAAAUCUGAGUAACUAGUGCAGAUUAAUGGAUUGCAUUACUGUUGCAUGUGUAAGAUUAUGAAAUUACACUGAAGAAAUGCAAAAAAAUAUGUAUCACUAUUGGCAUACUUCACAUUCUGCCAGUGUUGAUGUACGGUGAUGCUGUAGACAAUCACGUGAAAGAGUGAUGGAUACUGAACUAUAAAAUGCCCUUUUGCUGUGACAGUAAACAGCAGUAGGGUUUAGUUACAGUCUGUUCCACUGUACCAUCCAAACCAUCACAAGGAGUUCCAGAACAGGAGCCCACAUCCAUGAAGACCUGAGGAAACAUUCAGAAAUUUUUUGUUCCAACUCAUGUUUACAGAGGGCAGGGAUCCUCAUGAGCUUUUUUCUACCCCGCCUAGAGAAGUACUGGAGAUCAUAAACAGGCUGGAGGUACUGCAGUUUCCAACAAAAGAAUCAGAAAAAGGUUUAAGUGCUUAUAAACAGGGAGAUUUUAAUAAAUCUGUAAAUAUACAAAAAAGGACAUCUGCCAAUCCAGCGGCAAAGAAGACAUUUAAAAAAAAAAAAAAAAAUCUCAGGAUAAAGUCAUGACUACCCCCUCCAGUUUGUGCUUGGGGUAAAUCCUUCACAAUGACAAUGGUUCGCAUUACAGGUUGUACACAUUCCAGAGAGACCGCUUCAGAUAGCCCUCACGACAACGUGCGUCACCGCAACUGUUGCCAGGAGAAGAGAAAAGCCUUUUCACACCAAGGCCUGAACAUUGAAAGAGGUAAUGCAGGCAGUACAGAGUACUUCUUUUAUAAGGAUAUGGUCUGCAGCAUGAAGCCUUUUCCAUUUCACACUCUUCUGUGCCCCAGGAAUAAACCAGAUUUAUGUAAGCAUGUCUUCAGGAACUGCACAGCAGUUUCUAAGUUGUACAAUCUUUUCUAACGAAGUAGCAUCCAGUAACAGCAAUUCUGCCUUUUUAAAAGGUGCUCAUGUCGCUGGGGACCCUGCACUGAGAUUUAUUAACUCGAGUAAACUGCUACCACCAGGCGUUCAAACACUCGCCGUCAUAAUCCCCGAUACAAGACAGACUGGUUUGCUUUAAAAUACUCUAAAGAAACAGGUGGUAGUGACCUUUUGGACCGCAAAAUGCCAUUUCAUAUUCAGCCCUCCCAACUGUGUUCCACUACAUCUCUUGCCUCCCGGAGUUCAAACUGAAGGCAGGACCCACCAUUUCUUAGAACUUUACCAGUUGCUUAGCAAGUUGGCUGCACCAAGAACAUUUGAAAGUGAUGUGAACAUAGCCCAAAUGGCUAAAAAUCAAUGCAUCUUCAAAAUGUAAUUUCACAAAGGAAUGUUUUGUAUUUUUUCCCCCCCCAGGACUAGGCAACAAGGUUAAAGCAUACUUUAACCUUUUGGAAUUGCACUUCUUAAAAAUGUCAAAUGUGAGUAGGUGCAUACAGAAAUACUGAAACUCCUGCCACCUUAGAAAGUAAAUAUCCACACAGAGAUGCCCUUUUGGCUCACGAGCUGCUUCCGUUGCAGAGUUUUACCUUUACCCAACUUAACGGCUCACUGAACCUAAACCGUAACACAUGGAGUAACUCAAAGGCUCGGCACAAAUCACACACUUCACCGUGUAGCCCCCCCGAGUAAGAAUACGUGUUUCUGGUUAUCGAGGACACAAGGUAAAGCUAGCUGUAAUUUUCUGAACAAUAUAUUUUGACGUGCAUAUUCCUUCAUCUCUCUUUAGCAGAGACACAAAAGUAUUUAGGUCGAGCUUCUUGGCCUUGCCCGACCUGUGUACGAUGACAUGGUAUUUCACUGAGGUGAAUCAAAGUAAAGUCUGUCUGAAGCCUUCUAGAAAGUAGCUUAACGGCACCAGAGUUCCACAGAGACCGACUGAAUCCAGUCUAUCGCUUUCACAGAAAACCAGAAAGGAGUACACAGAACUUUAAAAACAAGCAAAAAACUGCACAAAAAUGUCACAUCAAUUACAGAAAAUAUACAUAACAAAAACAACUUCAGCCAGAACAAUAAAACUAAUACCUCACGGAAUCAGUCUCUCUGUCUGUGAAUACUUUAUCAUGACGGGUGUAAUGAAUGGUUCCGACCCUGAACAAACAGGGAAAUAUUGAUUUCUGUGGAACUGUUCCUUAACCAUAAAAAUUUUUUUCCCCCCCAUUUGUUGAAUACAUUUGCAUUUAACAAAAUAGUUUUUCUUCCAAAAAUAAAUAUCUUUGCGUUGUAUGCACACACUUAUUCAUUAUCCUACAAGUCUCUUCGAAUAAUUCUACCUUGCUAGGUUAAACAUUUAAUAUAACAUAGUCCCCACAAUGCCUAAGAUCUCACAAUAAAUACCGCAAGGCUUUAAGUUUUCAAAAUUUGAGUAAUCAAAAAUCUCUUUCCUUUCAAAUUUGUUGGUUUCUCCUCCUGUGUUUUUCUUUGGGGAAUAAACAGGUACUAUUGUAGCAGCUGUCAAUUACGUCUGUUCACAUCUGGCCAUCAGUUUCAAUGCAUGUAGUUGACUCAUAGUGCAAAUAUUCCACUCCUAAAUCAACAUAUGUAUUCAAUACAUAUUCAAGGCAUCAGUAUCAUAGCUUUCCAGUUUAAUACCAUGAAAUGAAGCAGAAAAAAAAUGUGCUUAAUAUUGUACUCUGGCUGAGCAAAAAUACUGAGUAUUUUGA